AUGAUUUUGCAUUGUGCUGACUGGUUCGGCCAUCGAUCCAGCCAACCAUGGGUUCUGAACGCCCAAGGAUUGCACACCUCAUAUAAUAUUCGCGCUCGAACCAGAGGCAUCCGCACUCUUUCGACACCAGUCCGAUUCCUCAUACUCUCCGACAUGCAUGGUGCUGAGUUACCGCAAAACCUCCCACAAUGCGAGGUGCUCCUUCAUUGUGGCAAUCUGACCGAACACGGAACUCCGCAAAGUAUAUCCUCAGCUCUCCAGAACUUGAGUAAGGUAGAUGCCAGACUGAAACUUGUCAUUGCCGGCAAUCAUGAAGUUUCACUAGAUAGGCAAUACUGGCUAUCACAUGGCGGACCAGAAGACGAUGUAAAGCGAGCGCAUGCGCUGGUUGCCUCAAAUGGUGAAGCUAGCCAGUAUGGAACCAAUUUUCUCUCUGAAGGCACUCACACUUUCAACUUGCCAUGCGGUGCCACCUUCAAAAUAUAUGCCUCACCAUAUACUCCUGGGAAUGGCGCUUCGGCACUCCAAUACCCCUCGAGUAAUGCGACUCCAUCGUGGGCAGACAAUGCUGGCAACAGUACCUCAAUCAUUCCAGAAGACGUCGACAUUGUCAUGACUCAUGGACCACCAAAAUUAAAGCCCAGGCUAUAUUGUUUCGGCCAUGCCCAUCUCGCGCGUGGAAGCUGGAAUUAUGAGGCGCACAUAUUGAAGUACGGAGCUCACAUGGAACUAGACGAUGACCCCGAGCCGAUAUGUCACAUCUUCAAGGAUUGUGUCGGAUGUCUGUCUCCAGGCGGCGCGGAGCUGUUUCGAGGGAACAGGCAAUAUACGCUGUGUGUCAAUGCUGCGAUGGAGGGCGACAAAGGAGUGCUUGAGCACCCACCGUGGCUUGUUGCUCUAGACUUGCCAGUAAGGAGCUAA